GAAGGUCGCCCCAAAGCUCUACUGCUUCUCUUUGCACUGUGUGUUUCGACCUCCAUUCUACUAGAACAACGUUGGAUAAGUUCUACAUGUUAGGUGUGCUUUAUUCAAAAGAAUAAUAACGAUCGAGGACAGAGGGAACCAGCAGGGUAUACUGAAGCGUCGCAUCGCGGCCGGAUCCUCGACAUUUUUUUUCUUUAAUUAUUACUCCAAAACAAAACCAUCUCUUUGUUUUUCUUCCUUUUCUUAAUCCUCCUUUCGAUUUCGGUUCUGCCAAACCUCUUGUUAUUUCGGAGGAACGAAGGUCUGCAAUUCAUAUACCGCACACGUUGCCUGCGCUUCACACUUACAGACGCGUUCUGAAGGACGCCUUUCUUCUUUUUUUUUUGUUUUUCUCUUCCCCUCUCUCUCUCUCUCCGGUUUGUCUUCCUUUUUUUCCCUGAGAGCGAUUUAUUUUCUCUUUGGUUCCUAAAUACUUGUAAGCGUCUCUUCUAUUUCCUUUUGUUUUGUAUCUUCUCCACAAAGUGCUGUCGCGUUCCUUUCCUUUUCGCUUUCAUUGCUACUUGUAAUUUGUGUAUGAUUUUUCCCCUAUCGGAAAAAAACACAUAUAUAUGCCAGCGAUAAGGAGUGGAUUGCGCUCUCUUUUUUUCUUCCAAUUGUGUUGACGUGGCUACUCGCGUCUUAAGGCGGGGAUCUCUUUAUCGACGUUGUGAGGUGGCUGUGGCUUUCGUAUUAUUUCUUGUUGACAGCUUUUUUUCUUUGGGCUUUCGUAGCGCGCUGAAACGUUGUAGCUUUUACUAACAACAGAAAAAAGACAUCGUUUCAAAGGAGAAAACAGCACUGAUCAGUGCGUUGCUCUUCCUUGCGCUGAUCGGUUGCUCGUGGUGCCCUUUUUUUUGGUUUGGUGCGCAGCACAUUAAUCCUCGAAUUCACUUUUGUCAAACCAGCCCGUGCCGUCUUGUGCAGCUCACGUCCGUUUGUGAUAGAACGGGAAUACUGUAUAGUUUGGGGAAAAUCCGUUACAGGUGAAUGAUGAACUCUUUGCUUGCGCGGGACUAUGAAGUCCCUAAGAAGCCAAUUUUCCUCCUGGACGGACGCGACAUCAUGCAAAGCACGGAGGCGUCUGCGUUUGUCUCAAACAGUGUCACCGACAACGUUCUUUACAGUACCAACGGCAACAUUGGAUUGCGCCACCUGAGUGAAGUAGAAACUGUCGGCUUCGAGACGGAGGUGAUCAUGAACGGUGUGUACCACGAAGAAGUCGUCGACGGCCCCGGCUUCAAGGGAAUCCCCAAAACAAAUCAGCUCGGUGCCAGCCUGUGUACGGUAGAUAUGGAUUUCCUGCUCGAUGGCGAGUCGGGCACGCUAUCCACCAUGCCGGAACGCCGGCUGAACCUCGACGACGGCGCCUACCGCAGCGAGUGCAUCGACGUCAUGAGCUCCGACGGGGGUCUCAUCUUCGAUACGCACUACAUCCGUACGGUGGGUCGCAGUGAUCUGAGCAUGUGGGGCUCGCAGGUGUGCUACAGCAACUUCCGCUUUGGGGCGAUGGACUCGCCGAUGUCAGCCAAGAGCGACUCGAACGGGCCUAACACCGGCUUCAUGGGCUCCUACGGCACCACAAACCACAUCGCGGACAGCACGUCGGAGGGCGGCCUCGACGCCCACCAGCAGCGCAUGCUGCACCGCACGCAGAACGACCUGAACUACCGUGUGGAGCUCGUGGUGCUGCUCGCGAUAGACCAAGACGCGUGGGAGGUGUCGCACAUGCAGAUGGACCACGUGAACCAGUGCUCGCUCUCCUCCGGCGUCGACGUGACCACCUUCACGGAGGUGGACUGCGUCGUGAACUACGGCAGCACCUAUCGCGUUCUUCAGGCAGAGGUGGAGAGCACCCCGUACAAGCAGAACACCGACGGCGAGUCGUCGCACAUGUACAACCGCGACCGGUACAGCAACAGCGGCAUGGGCCGCGACGGCGGCGGCAGCAGCUGCGGCAACGCAGAGGGCAAGGAGUACUCCACCCCGGCAACCUUUUUGCGGCCCAACCAGUGGAACUACAGCGCCUUCCGCAACGCCAACAAGGCGCAGAAGUCGUACAGCAUCAAAAAGCGCUUCAUGAUGCCGCUGACACCGGAGACGUUGCCGAACAGCAUCGUCGUGACGUUCCGCGCCUGCCACCGCCGCGGAAACGGGGAACCCUCUCCCCGCACCUUCCCCACCGUAAGAGAAUUGAUCGAGGACCAGCGCGCCGCGUUGGAGCCGUUCUGGAAGACGAACGACUGCGACGUGACGCUGCAGGACGAGAUGAUCCAAAACCGCAGCAAGUUGCCCCUCAUCUACAACGCCUUUCGCAUGUUUAACGUAAGCCACGGCGUGGAGGGCGGUCUUUCCCGCUCUGGCCUCUCCGCCGCGGGAGACGGCCUGCAGUUUAACCUCUCCGAGUACAUCUAUUACGGCAUGUACUACAUCAUCACCCAGCCCGACGCGUGCCUGCGUCUGCUGAAGAGCGUCUACCACAUGGUGCCGCAGUCGCGCAAGUACGCCCGUACGCUGGCUAUGGACCGCGGCGCCGUCUUUCCGCUGACAACCAUCAACGGCGUCCACACCACCCACUUCGCCAACGUCAGCAACGCGCGCUUCCACGUCAACGCGGAGAUUGGCUAUUUGAUCGCCCUGUACGACGAGGCCGCGGAGUCGAUAUCCGCUGAGGACCGCCUCCUUUUGUUGGAGCUGAUGAUGGAGUCGGCCCGUAUUUGGCCUCUGUGUGGGGAGUGGCAGGACGCCCACACCGUCUUCCGUCUGGACAACAUCGCGGGCACCGACCAGUACAACAGCAACGCCGCCGGCAACUUCUACGUCAACAUCUCCGCCCGUCGUCACAUCACCGCCGCCCUCGCUUUUCUCGAGCGGCAGCGGGCCCACUUGACGAAGGAGGAGAUCAGCACCGCUCUAAGCUCGCUCGGCAUGACGCAGAGCGAGUUAAACGAGAUGCGCGCCGUGGCUGCCGGUAUCGUGGUGCCGCAGCGGCACGAGCGGCUGCAGGUGUACAUGGUGCACGACAACUUCGGCAACCUCACCGACUGGGGCGAUGAGCGCGCCUUGCACCCGCUGCACCUCAACUAUCACCCGAUCCACAUUUACCGUCGGAAGUUGAUCGACGUGCCGGAGGUGUUGCUUGGCAUGCUGCUCUACCCCGACGAGUUCGACCAGCGCGACUUCGCCAACAACUUUGAGUACUACUACCCACUCUGCACCUUCGACUCCCCUGUGUCGCUUCUGGUCAUGAUGCACGCCCUGUGCCGCGCGCGGCUCAGCUUCGCGCAGCCCAUACCACUGCUGAAAUCACUCGCCAACAUUGACCUCGACAACAUCGUCUACUCGGCGGAGGGCGGACUUCACUUCGGCGCCAUCGCGGCCACCUCGCAAGGCCUCAUCUUCGGCUGCGGCGGCGUGCGGUGCUCGCACAAAGGGCUCGAGGUGAACCCGAUCUUACCCGCCGGUAUGGAGCGCUACCACUUCACGGUGAAGUGGCGGGGUGCGACGCUGCGGGUGUCGGUGGACCAGGAGCAGAUCACCUACGAGCUCAUCUCCGGCUCGAGCCUGCGCUUCGUACACGGCAUGCCAGGGGUGCGGGCGCACCUGCACACUGGCUUUGGCAACACCCCUGCGAACCUGCGCUGGUCCAUCCCGCGCACAAGUCACAGCCAGGUGGCGCAGAUCGACGGGGUGGUGCUGCUGUCGGACUGCCUCUUCCACAACGUGCUGGAGUACAGCUACCGGUCGUGGUACAAGACGCUGGAGACGCUGUUUGACACCUACCGCGUGCUGCACAACCGGCCAAUUCCCCCGCUGAACCCGGAGGAGUUCAUUGAGAAGGUCGUGUACCAGAAGGAGGAUGGGGAGAUUGCCUUCAGCGGCAUUCAUCAGAUCCUGCAGAGCCGCGGCAUUUACCUGGAGCUCGGCACCCCUGAAGACGCCGAAAUAGUGGAGACGCGGUACGGCCUGGCGAACGCGAAGGUGGCGGAGAUGGCGGAGAUGGUGCUUCGCUCGCCGCCACCGGCGGUGCCGAGUCUGUUCCGCCUGCUGAAGGACUUCGUCGACAACGGCGUCGCGCUCGCCGUGGUGUCGUACACGCGGAGUCUGAAGGGUCUCCUGUCGUCCAACCCCCAGAUGGCGCGCUUGUUCGUCGCCUCCAUCGACGGUGAGGAAGCCCACGACCGCAAGAUCAAGGGUCAGCCACAUUUGGAUCUCUACCUGCGCGCGGCGGAGAAGAUACAUGUGAACCCCAGUCACUGCCUCGUCAUUAGCCACCACCUCGAUCGCUGCUACAACGCGGAGGAGUUGGCGAAGUUCCGCAUGUUCCUCGACAUCGAGGAUCCCUUUGUCAGCAGCCGUGUCGCGGUGAACCCGUACCCCGUCUUGACGCCGCAGCAGGUGCAGGCGGGCAGGCGCGACAAUCCGGUAGUGUGCCGGAUUGCUCUCGCCCACGUUCCCUCCUCCGUAGAUGAAGUGGAGGACAUCGUGGACGGCCGCAAAAACGUGUAA